GUGGUCUUCAAUCUUCUCAACUUCUCCUUAGAGGCAACCCGUAGCAGCUCCGUCUUUCGAGACAAGGAUGUAGUUUGUAUGCAGGAACUGGAGGCGAUUUGGACCCUUGGAAAACUCCCUUUUCCCCUGUGAACUUGGCGAUGCGUCCCCGCGGGCCAUGUCCACGUGGAAAGCGAGGCUCACGCAGACACUGAAAGCCCCGUCUGGAAGGAUGCACCCGUUCCCAUGCUCAGCUCUGCUCGCUUGUUUUGGGAACACGAGGGAGAAUGCUGCGUUUGAUCAGCCCAGCCCGGCCGACACUCACUCCACUGUCUAUGCUCAGCCUGUGGCCAAAGCGGGCAGACACCCAAGUCACCCGAGAGUGGAAGAAGGAGCGCCAGAGAAAAGGCGAGAUUCCGGCACCUGCGCAGAGAGAAAUGGUGGUACGAAUCGCAAGUCAAGGAAGCACACUGCCGACCAGCCAGCUGAGACACCCGAGGACCUGCCCACGUCCCUGGGUGGCGAAGGGGACUGUGAAGCCGUCGCUUUCCAGACUGCCAUCCCCAGACCGUCAAUCAUUGAUAUGCCAAAGGAAGAAGGAUUUCAAGAAGAACCUAGAAGCCUCGAGUUGGAGCAGAAGACGGCGUCAGACGGCCCACUUGAGGAUCUCGACCCUAAGGACUCAUAUCUCAUUCCGAGAAACAUCAUGGCUGAGCCGGACUAUCUAGAGGACGACAAUCCUGAACUAAUUAGGCCUCAGAAACUGAUCAAUCCUGUCAAAACCUCCAGGAACCAUCAGGAUCUUCACAGAGAGCUGCUUAUGAAUCAAAAAAGGGGUCUCGCACCUCAGAAUAAACCAGAAUUGCAGAAGGUGAUGGAAAAGAGAAAACGAGACCAGGUAAUAAAGCAGAAGGAGGAAGAAGCACAGAAGAAGAAAUCUGACCUGGAAAUAGAACUAUUGAAACGGCAGCAGAAGCUGGAGCAGCUUGAACUUGAGAAGCAGAAACUCCAAGAAGAGCAAGAGAACGCCCCGGAGUUUGUGAAGGUGAAAGGUAAUCUCAGGAGAACAGGCCAAGAAGUCGCCCAAGCCCAGGAGUCCUAGGCAGAGGCUGCACCAAGACCUGUGUCCUGCCUCCUUCACCGCACAGAGCCGUGUCUGUACGUGCCUCCUCAGCACUUAAUCUCAGGGCAGAAGCCCCUGGAGAGAAUUCGAGCCAGCAGAGAGUUUAACUUUAAAAAGGAUUUGGUUUGAUUUUCAUACAAUCUGGGUGGAUAAAUUGCCUUUGACAGUUGCAGUUCCUGUUCGCCAAAUGAAGGGGCCUGCCCAGCACCUAAGUGGUAACAGUGGACCUGUGUUCAGAGACUUAAAACAAACAGCAAAAAGAAAACAAGCAAAAAGAAAAAAGAAGAGGACACUGGAAUCAGUUCUUGAGAGUUGCACUACUUGGUUUUCCUUCCAUUCCAAGUUUAGUGGGGGGCACAGAGCCUUUUUUCUUUAAAGAGCUAAAAAUCUUUCUUUUUUUUUUUUUCUUUUUCAUUUUUUUUGAGAGGGUCUCUGUUAGAUAAUCACAUAGAAAUGCAUUUAAUCUGUUACAUCCAGCGUUGUCAGUUUUACUUUGCGGAUCUCAGAUUUGCUUGUUUAAUUUAUACGUUCACCCAUUGUUAGAAUUAGCACCAGAAAAAAUGUUGAGCACAGCUGUUACCUUUGUUGGCCCUAAAACUUAGAAAUAGGGUAAGAAAGUUUAAAAACAAGUGAACACCCAUGUUGAUCUUAUGUUAAUUCCUUUUGGUUCUCUGUCCUAAUAGUGUGCUGCAUAUCAACAUUCCAGUCCCGAGAAGGUACAUCACAUAAAUUCACUUAUGGCUUUGGCAACUAGCAGGGUUGUUGUUCAGUUUUUGUUUUUAAAUUUCUUGCUGAGCCGGUUCUGUUAGGUGAAACAAUCUCCUGAUCCUUUGGAGAGUGGAACUAGUCUGUAUAAGCCAGAUUCAGUGUCAAAAGCAGAGAGGGUCCAAAAUGGGUUCCUUUUUUUUGGGUGGGGGGGAGGAGUUUGGAGAAAGUUCCCAUUGGGAGCUGGACAGUGAGGACUUCCGUAGGUAUUUUAAUGUGAAGCAAGUGUAGAUUGUCUCAAGGAGGCUUCAUUGGCAGAUGGUAGCAUUUGAAUAUCUACUGAUAAUGAGUAUCAAUAGAAUCCAAGCCUUGAAAAUUUCUGAGUUUGAUCAUCUAUUACUUUUCCUUCUUAUAAUAGUGAAAAAAGAUGAUUUCACCACUAUCUCAGUGAUGAUGCUGUUGAUAGCGAUAUUGAUGACUACUAUAUCGCUUCUCUCAGGAAAGGCUGAGAGGAAAGGAGGCCCCGCCAAGUUCCUCAUCCUAGCUCACAUACCAUUCCCAGAGAAGCUGCAAAUAACAGCCACAUUCUCAUGCAGAUUUAAUUUUAUCCUGCUGGCCUGGGCGUGAGUUCCUUGUGACAUGGGAGAAUUUUUGUGGAGGUAGAAUGUUCCCUACAGAGACAGUUCACUAAUUUCUACAUUGGAGACUGGUACACUUUCUGUCAAGACUCACAGAAAACCGGAUCCAGAGCUUUUUAGUUUAAAUCCUUAAUGAGCAGAGUAGAAAUCCACUUUCUGUGGGAAUGCUUUAGUUUUAGCAGUUUGACAAUUAGGCCCAUAUUCAAUCCUAAAGUGCACAAAAGUAAAUUCGAUGAUCAUUACACUGCUAGUUAAACAUGUCUGUUGAUUACACCUGAAAUGGAGUGUUUAUCUCAUCAGCAAGUAUUAUUUCAAUAAAAAUAAGAGAUUCUUAAGAUAAAGUGUUGCUCUAUAGUAGUUUGCUUUUGAAGAAUGGAGUGGUAACUGUUUCUGUAUCGUUCUUCCUCUUUGAGAGAAGUGCGCUAACUGAUCAUCUCGCAAGUCUAUUUCUGACUGCACAUUGACUCUAAUUCUUUCUUGUGUAUAUGGACUAAGAUGCUACUUAUAAAAUGAAGAUUUGGGGACUGGCUCAUAGCUUUUUAUCUAACUAGAUGUUAGAUCUUUAGAUCUAUAUCCUGGAAGCAAUUCUGCCACUUGGUAAAAUUCUCACGGGCCCUGACUGCCUCCUUUAGAAGGACCGAUUGAUUCUAUUCCCAGAACUGAACUAGAAUUGAUUCUCCACUGGGAAAAAGUUAAUGAAAAAGGCAUUUCUUUCCUAAUCUCACUGAAAUUCUGCAGCAUUAUCUGUAGUUAGUAAUACAAGAUCUGGCCAAAAGAAGACCUGUAAAUAGUGUGAAGUGGUGUCUCAUGCUGAACUGGGGUGUGGGGCAGGGAGGGAGCCCCUGGAAGGGGUCAGAGCAGCUGGGCUCACAGGCUUCGACCUCCCCUCCCACCUUAACACUCUGCAGUGUGAACCCUUAGGACUCUCAACCGCUGAGUAGUUCUAUGCUUUGAGCCACUUUUUGACAAAAAUGGCUCCAUUUUUCCACUCUGGUUUUCUUAAAAUAGUCCCGUGUUUUAUAGUCUCACAGUAGUAAAGUAGUGUUGCUUUCUAAGCUAUAACAGUUGACUUUAUUCUUCUACUCUGAAAAAUCUUGACUUGUUGAGUGUAUAUAAUAUAUAUAAAGGGAGCCUUAAUGGAUUUGUUUUCAUAAUUUAAUAUUUUUUGUAUUUGCUCUUGUAUAAUUGUUUUUAAUGGAAAGUAUUACAGAAUUGAGGGUGGAAUUCUUAGAACCAAAGUUAUUCUUAAUAAAAAUCACCACAUGCUUGGACCAUGCAA